CGCAGAGCUGGCAGGUUCUCAGGAGAGGAAGAUGGCGAAGAUGAGGAGAGCUCUUCAGUCUCGAGUGAGAGGAGCACAUCUUUCGAGCGGCUUGGCAAAUUAAGCGCAGAGAAAUAUGCGACAAGCCCUCCUAGAAGAGGCAAGAUCGCAAAGGGGAAAGAAAGCAUACACGAAGAGAGCCGUCCGGCAGCACGCAAGCAUGGCAAAACAAUGGAAAGACUUGACAAAUUAGAUACAGAGGAAGAUAUGUCAAGUUUUCCAAGAAGAGGCAAGAUAGCAAAGGGGAAAGUGGGCCAAGAUGAAGAGAGGCUUUCAGACGUGAAUCUAAAGACGAAAUCCUUUGGAAGACUUGAACAACUAGGUCAAGACGAGGACUUGUCACGCCAGCCUAUGAGAGGCAAGAUCGCAAGAGGGAAGAAAAGCAAAGAUGACCAGAGCCCCUCGGUCUCGCGGAAGCAGGGCAAACCAGCACGCCAUGCUGAGGCUCUGGGUGAUGACGUCAGUUCUAUGGAGCGGACUAAAAAACCCAGAGCGGAAAAGCAAAGUGUUCAAGAAGGCAAACCGCACAUCUCAGACGACGACUUCGGGGUCGAGUUUCCCCGGGAGAGGAGAAAACGGGCGGGUCAAGGUCAGGAUCGGGGCAGUGACCAAGGUCUGGAUCUGGGUAUGGACCAAGGUUUAUCAAGCCAACGAGUAAAAAGCAGACGGGAAAGAACAAGAGAGGGAGAAGGC